AGAAUUUACACUGCUCUUUGUGUUAGAUAAAAUAAACUGCAAUUCAUGUGUGUUUUUUUUUAUUCAUCACCUUAAUAUCCUUUUCAUAUUCACAGACACCUGAAGUCCUUAUGCAUACCAGCUGUGAAGGUGCACCAUGAAUUGUGAAGAGCAGGGCAUGGGGAGGGUAGUCCAUUCCUGGGCCAGAUUUUCCCCAGCUGGACAAUCUGCCCUUGAAGAGGCCCUGAGGGUUUUUAACCCCAUGUCCAAAGAUCUUUCGGACACCGAGAGACAAAUGGGGUCCUUUCUUCAAGAGCUGAGGAAAGAGGGAGCCAAGCCUGUGAUUUUGAGGAGCAAAGAUGUGUAUGGAUACACGUCUUGCACCACAGAGCCAAUCUCUUCCAGAAUUGGCAGCAAAGUUCAGAGAGUGCAGAAACCUUCCAAGAAGCGAGGGCGGAAAGGUUUGAGCAAGUCCAAGGAUGUGAAUUACGCGAUGCUCAGUAGAGCAGCAAAGAACAUUCUUCAUAACCAACCCAAGAUUCUGCUUACCAAUCUCUCGGUGGACAGUCUUAAGCAGAAUGUUCGAUCGGCAAUGCUAGAUAAACAUUCUGUUCAAGCGCAGCAGUGCCUCAAGCUAACAAACAUAAAGGGGUUGACCGGAGGCCACACCGCAAGGUUGCAAAUUCACUUUGGUUCGGAUUCUAAAAGCGCCCCCAGUUUUGCUCUGGGACGGCCACCGGAUCUCUCCGGAAUCCCACACUCUCCAACGGAAAAUGGCAGUCAGAUAUCAAAUGUAGUUGCCUUGGACAACAAACGUGUUUUGUCAUGUCCGUUCAAAGUAGACGAUGCCCUUAUUGGAGACUCUGCCCCAGUCGUCUGUCAAAAUGGUUUCGGUCUUAAAGAUGGUAGCAUUUAUAAAGGUAAAGCUGAUGUGAUGACCAGUGGUUCGGUGAGGAGACUCCAUUUCCAAAGCUAUAACUGGUCCCAGUCUACACUCACCAAUGGCCAAGACGUUUCUAGACUGAAUGGCAAUGGUCUUGAAUGGAAGGUUAUAAAAGUAGACGAUUCGGUCACAGACGAGGAGGUGAGAAGGAAGGCACAAAAAAUCUUGCAAGUUAACUUGUCGCCUGUGAUACAGAUCCAUCCCCUUGUUGACUCUGUAUAGACUCUUGGUGGGAAAUCUUUUUUUGUUUCCUCUUUUGUUAACUUUUCUUGUUUUGCAAAUUGCGUUUUGUGGACACACACCCUAGGUUAUCUCUGGAUGGAAACAUUGCAGUUACCUCCAAAAUUAAGUAGUUACUGACAUCAUAAUCCAAAGAUGGGAUGUUUUUUUUUCUACUCUCACAGUAUUUUUGUUUUCCCAACACAUCCCAACCUACCUUUCUUUUGUGUAUUUUUAUCUAACUUCUGAAGGAUUGGACUGAUGUACAAACCCUUAUUUAUGACUAUGCAGUUCCUAGAAUGUUUCUUGUGUUGGAAAUUCUGUGGGCAUGGACUGACGUCUCACUGGAUCAUUGGAACAGACUGAAUUUGUAGAGUCCUUGGAUCCUGCUAAUGUCAGUGUCACCCAGUUUUUUUUUUUUUUUUUGUAUAACAUGUUUAGUCUGCCGGCAUAGACUGCAUAUGAUAUUUUUCUUUAGACUCUAAAAUGUUCAAAUUGGGGGCACUUUUGUAUAUUAAUUUAAUUUCAGGGCAAAAUAAAUGGCCUUAGACUGAGAAGAGUGAAAUUUAACUGAAUCUUUGUACUUGUUUCUUUCUGCACUCCACUUCUCAUAAAUUCCUCAAGUGUUUCUUUUAAUGUGCCAACCCUGUUUUUUCAUUUCUUUACAGUUUUGUUGGUGCCAUGACCACAAAGAAUUGCAAAAAAAUCUAAAUGCUUAAUUUUAUGACUUCUCAGCAUCCCGUCAAGAAGUGGACGAGCUUGUCCAUUGAUUGAACGUACCUCAAACACUUGAAUAUGAAAAUAUUGUCGUCAUUAAUUCUGCAGUUCAUGUUGUUCAUUCCAUACAUCCAUAAGUUGGUUGGUCAAGGAUGAAGAGAGAUGGGAGUUUGUUUGCGUUCCGCAAUGCCUAAGGCCUUUGGUUCAUAAGGUCUCAUUCAAACUAAAGUAGAAGAUGGCAAUGCAGCAGUUUAUUGGUGCCACGAGGCAAACAUUUAAUUUUUUAUUAUAAAUUUAAGUUUGAAUUAACAAAUAUAUGGGUUUCUUUAAAACAAAACCCUUUCAUUCACAUGCAAAAUACAAGGAGAAUUUGGUUUCCGGUCAACCAGUUUUUAUUUUCAUCCAGUUGAAUCUGUGACACUCAAAAACUGUAAAUGUCAGUGUUGUAUCUUUAGUUACUGUUAUCGAGUUGUGAAUUAAAAUCUGUUUGAAAAAUG